AUGUCCUGGAGGCUGCAGGUUGAAAGACGCUGCGCAAACUGAAGUAUUAUUUGCUCAGCAGAUUACUGAGCGUUUGUUUUGAUCAUGGAGUCUCAUGGUGAUAGUACGUGUGCCGAUCCCUUGUCUGACUGUCUGAUAGAGGAUGAAGUUGAGAAUGAAUUUCUGUGCUCCAAGCCUACUUGCUUCAUUAUCCUGGGGAAACCGGGGAUUGGAAAGUCUACCCUCGCCAGAAAAUUCGCCAAGACCUGGGGUUGUGUCCUCAUUGAUGACACAGAGUUGCUCGGCACUCACCUUCACGAUGGUACAGAGCAAGCAAAAGAGCUGUUAGCCAUCCUGGCUGAAGGGAAGAACAUUCCAGAGGAGAGGAUUGUGACGUUAAUUCUUGAUAAGCUCAAAUCGCCCGAGGUGGAAAGCUAUGGCUAUGUUCUGUCCUGCUUACCAUCAAUGUCUGAGGAAUAUCUGAAGAUUCGUGAGCAAAUAGAUUUAGUGAAAAACCAAAAACUUCCACCAGACUUCAUCAUCAAUAUAAAGUGUGCAGACAUUGACCUGAUCAACCGACUUGCAUGCCAGAAGCAGCACUAUAACACAGAGCAGUGGAACAAGGUGUUAUCUGAGAGAGAUGCAGAAGAAAAAAGUGAGGACGAUGACAAAGAGGAGGAAGACGAGCAGGAGAGGGAUAUGCAUGCUCCAGGUCACUUGGUGAGGGUAAAAGAAACGUACCCAGAGGAGGCCCAUCGCAGGAUUCACCUUUACACCCAAAACAUGCUCAUGCCUUUGGAGGACUUCAUGGCAGCUCAUGACCCACGGUUUUUAAUUGAGCUGGAUGGAAACAAGAAUCCAGAAGAGCUUUUGAGGUGUCUAGUAGCCCGCCUAGACUUCAUGGCUGUGAGAAGAUCAGCAGCUCCUAUGCGAUUGGUAAGCCCAGAUGAGGAGGAACUGCCAAAGGAGAUGGACACUGAAGAGUUGUUGGAGAUCCUGUCCUCCAGCAAGACCAUAGCACCAGGCUAUUACUGGCAAAGGAGUCGAUGGAGCUGCACUUGCCCUGUUGCUCUUAAAGAAGGCAAAAUAAUCAAGGGCAAACCGAUAUAUUCUGUCAGUUACCUAAAUAAAUUUUACCUGCUGUCCUCUAAUGAGGCUCUGCAGAAGUUCAUGGUAAAGCCAAGAUGGUACCUGGUUCCACCCAUGCCACGUCCACCCUGCAGAGUGUCUGUGAUCGGGCCACCACAGUCUGGAAAGAGCACUCUGAGUGCACUUUUGGCUGAGCAUUAUGGUGCCGUUGUGAUAGACAUGAAUAUGCUGAUGGAUGACGGCUUGGACAAAAUGAGGCAAGAACGGCUGGAGAAAACGCAUCAGGGUGCAGUGAUUUCAGCCCUGGAAAAAGUCAAGGCGAGGAUGAUGGGCGAGGAUGAGUCUGAAAUGGAAGUAAAGGAGGAUCACCCGGAAGUUCAAGCUCUAGUAGAAGAAGCCAUGAAAAAAGCAGAAUUGAUGUCAAUAGAACUAACAGAUGAAGUGUAUGCAGAUGUCUUAAAAAAACGGAUCUCAGAGAUUCAGGCAGAAGAUGCUGAUGCCGAGUUUAAAAGGGGCUGGGUGCUGGACAACUUUCCUACCACCGAAACUCAGCUGACAUUUAUCCAGGAACAGCAUCCUGACCUCACUCCUGAUAUGGUGUUCUGCCUCAUAGACAGUGCGGCGGAAGUGUCGAAUUUGCCCAGUACUUGGGAACAGGGCAAAACGCCAGGCCCAGAGAUGGAAAUGUACAAGCUGCAGCUAAGGAAGUUUAUGCAGGAAUGGAAUAGCAUGGAGUCCACCAUUGCUGUCUGCUAUGCUACACUGGAUAUCGCCAACCAAAAGCCAGACGUCCUGCUCCAGAACAUGAUUGACCAAAUGGAGAAACAAUUUAAGAACAAGGCCCACUAUAUGUCCAGCAUUGAUCAGGAUAAAGAGGAGGAAGAGGAGGAGGAUGAGGAUGCCCAUGAGGAGGAAGAUGAAGCAGAGGAAAAGAGCAGUAACUGGAGGCUUGGGGAUUCUAAUAAGUACUGCCCGGUGGUGCUGAAGGAGAGCGGCACUUUGGUUCCCUGCACGAGUGGCAUUGCUGCAAAAUACAGGGAAAAGGUGUACUUCCUUUCUAGUAGAAAAGCAUGGGAGAAGUUCAUGCAGAAGCCAGAGUUUUAUGUCGCAACUACACAUCUACUCAAGCCUCCUGCCCUGCGUUUGUUCCUGCUGGGAGUACGUGGCUCAGGAAAAACCACUCAUGGCCGAUGGCUGGCGCAGCAGUUGGGUCUCUUUCAUAUCCAGUUCCGCGAGCUGCUGCAAGAGCUGAUCCUGCCCCAGACUCAUACCCGUGUGCCCUAUGCUGAUGAGGUUGAGCCACCUGAAGAGCCACCUGAAGAGCUGCAAAGUUUGCUGCAGGAACAUCCCCAGUCCACAGCUUCUCCUGUCGAGCCAGAGGAUGAGGAGACUCCAGCCUUGACAAAUGAAGAACAACUCAUAAAGUCUUAUUUGUCCGAUGGACAGCCUUUGCCACACAAUAUCUUAGAGAAUGUUCUGCUGCAGUUCUGGCAUCAAGAGCCAUACAAGUCAACAGGCUUUAUUCUUGAGGGUUUUCCUCAAAAUUCAGAGGAGGUGUCCUUUCUAGUGGAGAACAACUUAUACCCAGAUACCACCUUAAAUAUGUCUAUAGACGUCUCAGAAGUGGUAAAGCGUCUGCUGCCCCCACGGCUAGAAAGAUGGAGAGAGAGGUGUGCACGAAGGAGAGGGCAAAUGGAGUUACUAAAACAGCUACGCAACCAAAUUAGAGAGGAGGCCGUUGCCAAAAGAAGAGCUGAACUUUUACCGGAAUUUACACCCGAGAUCCCCAGUAACUAUGAUGAUCAGGAGUUGCAGGAAGAAGAUGAAGAGCAACCGAACUGGGAGCAAGAACUGGAAGAAAGACUGCUGGAGGAGUUUCCCAUGGAGGAGCUAGAGGACGGAGAGGAAGAAGAGCCCGAAGCCGAUGCAACGGAUCGGAUAGGAACAGAGAUCAGUGAGAGGUUUGAAAGGGAUGACAGCAACCUCACAAUUGUAAUGGAGCUUUUGAAUGAAAACCGUAUUCCUCACCUUAUAAUCAGUGCCGGCCGGAAGCCUUGCAUUGUGCAUGCCCAGCUACUAAAGCAAGUCAAGCCCUUGAUGGAAAACAGGAAAUCUCUAUUUCACAGCUGUCAUCCCAUCAGCUAUGCCAUUGCUCGGAAACUCCUGCACUUCUCUUACAAGUUCUACAGUGCCUUUGGGUGUUGGGAUCCUGUCCGGUAUGCAGCAGGAGAUCUGAUCCAGCAUAUGCAGGACCCCCUGAAGAUAAGCUACCCAAUCCUCUUCCACAACUUCAUCUACUUUUUCGCCUCCAAGGAGACACGCAACACCUUCAUGACGAACCCUAUCAAAUACCUCUGCCAGCCCAAACCCAACCCUUCUCUGCCCAUCAAACUUGCCAUCAUCGGUAGUCCAAAAUCUGGAAAAACCACAGUUGCUCGCAUGUUUGCUCGUGAAUAUGGACUGGCACACCUAUCCAUCAGUGAUGUAAUACAGACAGUGCUCAAAAUCCAAGACAAGACAGAGCUCGCCACUAAGACACUGAAGUACUUGAUCCAAGGUUUGACUGUGCCCGAUGAACUGACAAUUCAGUGCUUAGAGGUGGUCCUGUUGAAUGUAGUCUGCAGCACACGAGGGUAUGUGCUGGACGGCUUUCCCAUGACCCAAAGACAGGCAGAGCUGAUGGCUGCUCGCCGCAUUAUUCCUUUUCGAGUGAUCGAGCUGCAGCUAGGCACAGAGGAAAUGCUUACAAGAGGCAUAAAGGAUAAGAUGAAGUUGAACAGGCCAGACACAAUGCAUGAGGGCACUGAGUUUCUGGACAUCCGGAUUUCAUGUUUCAAGCGUGAGAUUGAGGCUCUCAGGAAACACUUCCAGCAGCAAUACCGAAACUGGGUUGCAGUUAAUGCACACAAAAGCAGUUGGUGGGUAUGGCAUCAGGUCGUGAAUGAAGUCCAGAUUAGUGUGCGACACAUUAACAACUACUUGAAAAGAAUUCAUAAAGGCCAGGCGGCUAGCAUUGAGCAUCUGUGUAUUACUCCAAGUGAGCUUCAGUCUCGGCUGGGCGAGUUUGGCCAUUAUUGUCCCGUGAGCCUGGCCCUACAUAAACACUUGGUUGACUGCAGCCAUGACACUUACCUGGAGUUGGCAGCAGAGUUCAGGGGAUGCUACUACAAAAUGGCAUUCAGGGAAUGUCUUGAGAAAUUUCUUGAGGCACCAGAGCAGUUUGUGGCUCCAAAUUGCCCUUAUAAUUUACCCCCUCCUGAUCUUCUUCCUCGUAAGCUGAGUGCAGGCCAGGUGAAGAGCCACUUACCUCAGGAGGUGGAGCUGAAAGGUUUCUGUCCAGUCACUUACCUAGAAGGCCAGCAGAGGUAUGAGGCUCUGGUUCAAGGCAGUGUGAACUUUGCAGUAGAAUACCAGAAGAAGAUCUACAUUUUUGAGACGGAGGAAAAACAACAUAAGUUUCUACGGUCACCUGAGACCUACUGCAACCAGAACCUUCCUCAUAAACUUCCACCAAUGGGCAAGCCAAUACAACUGACCUCAUUGCCAUUAUUGGGCUAUUUGGAACAGGGAGCUGCCAGAGCCCUCAUUAAAAGCUUGACAGCGUUGGGCAAUCUCAAGCCAAAGUUCCCUUACCUCAGUAUUAGGAGAUCUGCGAUACGCUUCCUGGGCUUAUAUCUAAAAGCAUAUAACAGAACAUCGAUCAGGGAUCAGAAGUACAAGAAGAAGCUGGUUCAGUAUCAGGAUGACUGUCAACUCAUUUCCUAUCUGAGCAACAUUUUGACACAGAAGUUCAAACCCCCUCAUGAGCUUCCCAUAGAUUUUAAUACUAAGCUUCACAGGUUUCUUGCCUUGAAGGACUCCACUAAAACUGCUCCAGGGCUCAUCAAGCUUGGAAGGAAUUAAUAUGCACAUUAACUUAAUACGGAGCAGAAACGCUCAUUCCAGUUUAAGGCACAAAUGUAAUCAAUAGAUUAAAUGGAUCUCUGUGUAAAACUUUUGAAUAAAAACAGAAUGAUUGGCAAAUCUCACAAACCCCUAUUUUAUUCAAAAUUAAACAUAGAAUAUCAAAUGUUGAAACUGAGGAAAUUCCAUUCCUCAUGUAAAAACUACGGUAAUUUUGAAUUUGAUGACCGCAACAUGUCUCAAAAACGUUGGUGAAAAGACAGGGGCAACAAACAUUUUACAGCUCAUUGGGUCAAAGGCAACAGGUCAGUAAACUAAUUGAGUAUAAAGACAAUUGCAAACAAUUUUAGCAAAACAAUUUUAGAAUAAUGUUCCUCACUUUAUGCAACAUUUACAGUACAUGAUAUCAUUAAAAGAAUCUGAGCAUCUGGAUAAAUCUCUGUGCACAAAGGACAAGGGCGAAAAUCAAUAUUGGAUGUCCAUAAGCUUAGUUUUUUAUCCUGUUUUUUUCUAAUGGAAAUGAGUGCAUGUUCACAGAAACACAAUUUUGUCUGUUCAUGACAUGUUCGCCAUGUCAUCCACAAAUGCAGGUUAAAGCUUUAUUAUACAAUCAUACAAAGAAGAAGCCACAUGUGAAUAUGACACAGAAACGCUGCUGCCUUUUCUAGAUCAAGCUCAUUUAAAAUGGACAGAGAAUAUAUAU